AUGAAAGUGUUUUUUUGGUCUCUCUGCUUAAGUUUCUUUAUUGGGAGCUUGGAAGCAUUAGCCGUCUCAAAGCAAGUUAAGCUUGGUGAUAUCUCCUACUAUGUUCCUGGCGUUCCAGAAUUGACCGUCGAUGUUGGAAUGAUGUCGAGCCUUUUUGGGACCCUUGAAAGCUCUUUUCUUUUCCCAUUGACUGUAUUUGGUUACUCGGGCAACCUGGAUUAUUCCACGAUUGAAUCAGUUUCCAAGAACUUUUCUUGUUCCGAUGAUGUAUACUCGGACUACUUUUUGGAGACAAUCAUGGUGCAAUCUCCAAACGUUGGAGUGGUUUCCUAUAGCAACUGCUCCCUCUCCACCCUUAAUGUGUCGACAAUCAUAUCCCUGGGCGGCUCUGCCCUGCCAAAUGGUCCAUACUUUGCUUCUUAUCUGGAUGGUCAAUUAAGCGUCUAUAAGGCGUACCGUCUCUAUGCAGACGCCUACGGCGCUUUCCAAGCGGGUAUCGUUCCUUCAGAUGAAAAUGCUGAGUCGUUUAUGGCAUUACCAGCCGGAGUUGAGGUUGCUCAUGCACAGACUAUCGCGGUUCCCUCGAAGCUAUACUAUACCGUAACCGAAGAACAGCCGCUCGCGGGGUAUCGUGUCGGAGUGAAGGAUCUAUACGAUAUCGCGGGGACCAAGACUGGUGGAGCAUCGAGAAAAUACUACGAGUUAUACGACGAGGCAGCGCUGACCUGUCCCUCUGUACAAAGGCUGAUCGAUAUGGGAGCCGUCAUAGUGGGAAAGCUCAAGUUGACUCAAUUCGCAAAUGGCGGUAACCCAACUGCAAAUUAUGUUGACUAUCAUGCUCCAUUUAACCCAAGAGGCGACGGGUACCAAUCUCCUUCUUCGUCAUCCUGUGGCUCCGGAGCCGCUGAGGCAGCUUACGAUUGGUUAGAUUUCACCGUAGGUUCAGACACCGGGUGUUCGGUGAGAUGUCCAGCUGGGUCUCAGGGUUUAUAUGGCUUAAGGCCCUCUUUUGAUGCGAUAUCGCUGGAUGGUGUCAUUCCAAUGAAUGAUCUCAUGGACACAGCGGGCUAUUUUUCAAGAGACCCUAGUCUAUUCAAGGUAUUUGGUGAGACUUGGUACGGUGAAAAUAAGAAUAUCUCGACCUCCUACACCUCUUUCCCAAAAACAGUCUACACUUUUGCGUUCGAAGAGGGAGAUUCGGACUUCAUUGAAAGUGGUGCCAGUUCAGAAGCCCUCGCUCUGUUUAACACGUUUGUUAGCAAUGUCGUUAGUUUUGUGAACGGUUCCAAUGCCAAAUUAGACAUUUACUCCAAAUAUGAACAAGAUACGGGCAGUAGUUUAGCCAACGUCUUCAACAAUACGUGGUACGGACUUGCUGGAUUCUACCAAUAUGUAAACAUUUGGGAGCGGUUCUCAAAAGAUUACCAAGAAGCUAGCAAUGGUGAUAUUCCCUUCAUGGAUCCUAUCCCAAAGUUUAGAUGGGAGUGGGCCUACAAUAAUCUCACCCAAGAUGGUUACGAUCGCUGCGUCGAACAAAAGUGGCAGUUUGACGACUGGUGGAAUGCUAAUGUGACUUCUACGAACCCGCAAACGUGCUCAAGCUCACUGUACAUCUUCCUGUCAAACGACGGUUCAACUGCUUAUAGAAACGUUUACAACUCCGCUCCCAAUGCCGAUGGUUUUUCUGCCUUUUCUGAAAUGUAUAUUUCCUCUUUUGCACGUACUCCGGAGGCCAUUGUCCCACUUGGCGAGGUCGCCUAUAACUCGACUAUCACAUUGACAGAAAAAUACCUGCCCGUUACAGCGGCCAUUGGAGCAGCGCCCGGUUGCGACUUUAUGGUCCUCGAUUUAAUCGAGCAGAUGGGAAGAGCCAACCUUAUUGGCGGGGUCGCCACAGGUCAAAAGUUGUUUCCAUAA